UGCUCUGCCCCUCCUUCAUCACUUGUAUAAAACCAGGCCUCCAGCAGAGAUCAAUUCCUGACGAGUCCUUCCUGAUUCAUUCUGCCUGUCCAUCUCACCGACUGCUGCCAUGGCAUUUGUCGCUCCUCCUGGCUAUCAGCCAGUCUACAGCCCUAAUAUUCCAUAUCUGGGGCCCAUUUAUGGAGGCCUGAGGGAGGGGAUGUCCAUCUACAUCCAGGGCUCCGUUCCAGAGGACAUUACCAGGUUCUUUAUCAACCUGCUCUGCGGAGAGUCCGAGUCCAGCGACAUUGCCCUCCACUUCAACCCUCGAUUUGAUGGCUGGGACAAGGUUGUCUUCAACUCAUGUCAGGAUGGAUCCUGGGGGUCUGAGGACAAGAUUCGUGAUAUGCCUUUCAGUAAAGGCCAGGCCUUUGAAAUGGUCAUCAUGAUUUCUUCACAGGGUUACCAGAUCAAAGUCAAUGGGAAUGACUUCUACACCUUUGAACACCGUGUUCCUGUGGAGAGAGUUUGCGCAAUGCAGAUCGCAGGAGAUGUUUCUGUUCAGACGAUUAACAUCAUAGGGGGUGGAAUGGGAGGAGGAAUGGGAGGAGGAAUGGGAGGAGGCAUGGGAGGAGGAUAUCCAGGAGGUUGCAUGGGGGGAGGAUAUCCAGGUGGCAUGGGAGGUGGCAUGGGAGGAGGAAUGGGAGGAGGAUAUCCCGGAGGCAGCAUGGGGGUAGACAAAUACUUCUAUUUCUGCUCUUCACCAGUGCUCACAUUUCAAAUUCAUAUAUUUUGUUAUAUUAUGUCAAAAAUACAGCUAAUUCACAAUAAAAAAAACACAGAACAAAAUGACGUGAAAUUGUCCUUUUUAAUUAAAAUACGUGCUUCUUCACAGGGUGGAUAUCCAGGAGACAUGGGAGGUGGUAUCGGGGGAGGAUUUCCAGGAUCAAACCUGCCGGGCAUGGGUGGGCAGCCAGUCUACAACCCUCCUGUGCCUUACUCCAACAUGAUCCCAGGAGGGAUGUACCCUAAGAGGACCAUCAUCAUCAGAGGCAUGGUACCCUAUGGAGCAGACAGAAUGAGCAUCAACUUCAUGGUGAGCAGAUCUCGGGAUGUCGCCUUCCACAUGAACCCCAGGGUGAGGGAGGGGAUUGUGGUGAGGAACAGCAUGAUUGGAGGCGACUGGGGCCAGGAGGACAGAGAGCUCAGCAUGAACCCCUUCAUGGAGGGACAGUACUUCGAUAUGUCGAUUCGCUGCGGGAACCAGAGGUUCAAGGUGUUUGUGAACGGGCAGCACUUGUUUGACUUCUUCCACCGCCUGCAGUCCUUCAAUGAGAUUGACUUGCUGGAGAUAGAGGGCGACGUGCAGAUCUCCUACAUCCACUUCUGAGACUACGCACCUCUUGUAGUUAUUCUCUAAUUGGGGCUACAUUUCACAUUAAAAAAGCACAAAUGUAAUGUGCUUUCUCAUAAAAGCAAUCAGUGAUUUAGGGUUAAAAAUAUCCACUAACUGCAGAGCUUCAACAUUAGCAACCUUUUUGACAUUUUAAAGGAAAAGCAUAUUUUUGCUAGUUGCCCGUAGGGUCACGUCAACUAUGUUACUCAUGAGUUGGCCUAUACUGGGUGACUAAGUUGACAGCAGACAAUUUAACAAUUUUAGCCCCUAAUUUCAAUGGUAGGCCCAGCAUGGCUGACAACAUGCUGUUGUCUUUAGCAGGUUAAUAUCAAAUUUCAACAUACAUUUGAAUUAGAAACAUAAAAGAUCUGUGAACCAUAAAAUGUGCACAACAUAGUUGACGGUCAAUUAAUACACUCCUACACAAUGCACUGUUACUGACAAAAUAUUUAAAAAUAUGAAAGGACACACACCAUUUUCAAGAUGGCCGCCACUGAGAAAGAUGACAUCCUGUGAUGCUGGUCACAUGGAUUUGGAACAAGCCAUUUCUUAGUUGUUGGUUUUUGUUUUUUUUUUGUAUUUGAUUUAAAUAUGAAACUCAAUAUAAAAAGUUGUUUUUCUAAAGUGUUUAGAGCUUUUAAAUAACAGAUAAUGCUAACUAAUAGUUUUUAAUUAUUUUGAUGUCAAGACCCACUCAACUGAAAAAAUGGAAAUUGCAAAAACUGUUGAUGUAUGCAACAGUGUGCAUAAAAUGUUUGAUUUUAUAAUAGGCUUCCCUUAACUGGUAAGAAAAUAGUUUUUAAAAAUAUUAUCUUUAAUAGACACGAAAUGUACCCCCAGUUUUAGAAUCACUCAAAAAAGUUGUACAUUUUCAUUGAUUGUGUGUGUCAUGUCAGCUGUUAUUUGAUCUUUCAGAGUAUAUGUCCUUACCUCAGGUCCUUAAACUUCCAGCUGUGUAUUGCAGAUCUUGAUUAAGACAAAGGUGACCUCAUCAUCGGCUGUAUUGUUGAGUUAAUAACUGUAAGUAACACGUAUGAUAUAGAUGAGAUAAACGUUGACUACAACAAA